AUGGGCGACGACGACGCCAGCGACUUUGUCCGCCUUCACAUCUCGCCGCUUGAUGCCGAGCUGGUCAAGGUCGUGAUCCCCGCCUCGGUGCUGCCAUCGGCGCGCAACAUCUCGUACCACACCCUCGAGACCUUUCCCGAGCGGCGGUACGGCUUCGUCGACCUGCCGGCGGCGGACGCGGAGAAGCUGCGGAGGAAGCUCAACGGGACGACGCUCAAGGGCUGCAAGAUGCGCGUCGAAAAGGCCCGCCCGGAGACGCGGCUCGAGCCCACCGGGCCGGAAGACGGGGCUCUCGAGGCGAAGAAGAAGAAGUUGAAGGAUGACAAGGACAAGUCCAAGAAGCGGAAGCGGGAGCCGGACGUCUUGGAGGGCGUGGCGCUGCACGAUCGCCAGGUGAAGCGAGGAUGGACCGAGGCGCCGACGGCGAACAAGAGGAAGGACAGGAAGAACAAGGAGAGCAAGGACAAAGACAAGGGGAAGGAGAAGGAGAAGGAGAAGAAGAAGCGACCAAAGUCCAAGUACACAGAAGGGGAGGAGUGCUUGCUCAAGACGAAGCUGCCGCCGAAUACGACGAAGAACCUGACGCCAGAAGAGCUGGAGCAGAAGAAGAGGAGCAGCAAGAAAAAGGGCAGCAGCUCGCGACAGGUCGUCAUCCACGAGUUCGAAAAGACUACGACAUUCCCGAGCUUUCUCAAGACGUCUACGACAACGGAUCAAAAGAAGGCGGCUGAGUUUGUCGAGGGCAAGGGUUGGGUGGAUGAGGAGGGCAAUCUCGUGGAGGAAGUAAAAGAGAAGAAGGAAAAGACGAAGCUCCCGCGGCGGCCGAAGAAAGCUCCUCCGCCGAAGAAGGUGCCUGAGGAGUCGGACGAUGAUGACAGCACCAGCAGUAGCGGGACUUCAUCAGAAGGCACUUCAUCUGAAGACGAAGAGGAGUCUGAGGCGGAGUCCGAGGCCGAUGCUAAACAAGAAGCAAAGAAAGAAACGAAGAAGGAGGCGGCACAGAUUCCCUCGCUGGACGAAGAUGCGAAGCGCGAAGACCAGUCUUCAAAGGCGACAAAAGCAGCAACACCAACACCUUCCUCCAAAACACCCGCCUCCAAAUCCACCCCCACAAACACCAAACCCCUCGCCAUCAAGAUCCCUCCCCCCGAAACCCCGACAAACGGCAGCAAGGUACACCCCCUGGAGGCCCUCUACAAGCGCCCCAAGCCCGACGGCAACAACCCCACGUCUGCCCCAAAGGAGGCAGAGCCGUUCAGCUUCUUCGCCGCAGCCGAUGAAGACGACAUCGACGAGACUCCCGAAGCCACAGCGCCCCCCGCCAGCCUUGCGCCCAUGACGCCCUUCACCCGGCAGGACUUUGAGUGGCGCAACGUCCGUAGUGCCGCCCCGACGCCGGAUACCGCUCAUCCCUCGCGCGCACAUCGCUUUUGGGCUUCGCCUGACAAGGAGGACGACGUUGAGAUGGAGGACGACGGUGAAGGAGGAGAAGACGGUGACGAUGACGGCCCCGCGCAGGGACGACAUUCCGCGACGACGGACUUCCAAAAGUGGUUCUGGGAGAACCGCCGGGAUCUGAACCGCUCGUGGAUGACGCGCAGGAAGACGGCGGCCAAGGAGAGGAGGCAUCGGGAGAAUAAGGCGCGGGCGUCCAAGGCGGUAUGAG